UCGAGAAAAAUGGGAAGGUGUCAAAAUGUAUGCAACACUAGGAACUUGGGAAGCAAAGCAAUUCAAUUCACUAUAUAGACACAACACAACAACACAAACCGAAUCAAUCACAUUAUUCUUGUCCACAUCCCUUUAGUUUCUUAUGACAAAACCAUAGGAUCUUAGUAGAUUAAUGUUACUUAUAAUAAAACAUGAAGUUCUGCAAAAAAUACCAGGAAUACAUGCAAGGCCAGGAGCAGAAGAAACUUCCUGAGGUUGGAUUCAAGAAGCUCAAAAAAAUCUUGAAGAAGUGUCGUAGAGAUUCUUCUCAAUCACAACCCUGCCCUGAUCAUUGCUCAGUGUGUGAUGGGACCUUUUUCCCUUCACUUCUCAGUGAAAUGUCUGAGAUAGUAGGCUGCUUUAAUCAGCGUGCACAGAAAUUGCUUGAGCUACAUCUUGCUUCUGGUUUCAGAAAGUACAUUUUAUGGUUCAAAGGUAAAUAUCAUAAAAACCAUACUGCUCUUAUUCAAGAAGGUGAAGAUCUCGUUACUUAUGCACUCAUAAAUGCCACCGCAAUCCGAAAAAUACUAAAGAAGUAUGAUAAGGUUCAUUAUUCCAAGCAAGGGCAAUUGUUUAAGUCACAAGUUCAGAGUAUGCACAAGGAAAUUCUUCAAAGUCCGUGGCUCUGUGAACUUAUGGCAUUCCACAUCAAUUUAAGAGAAACCAAGGUCAAUUCAAGGAAGGAAACUGCUUUGUUUGAUGAAUGUUCUCUCACAUUUAAGGAUGGAAAACCAUCACUUACUUGUGAUCUCUUUGAUUCUAUCAAAAUUGACAUUGACUUGACUUGUUCUAUAUGCUUGGACACUGUGUUUGAUCCAGUUUCUCUGACUUGCGGCCAUAUAUUCUGUUACAUUUGUGCUUGCUCGGCUGCAUCAGUAUCUAUUGUCGAUGGACUUAAGGCAGCCAAUCCUAAAGAAAAAUGUCCUCUAUGCAGAGAGCGUGCGGUUUAUGAAGGUGCUGUGCAUUUGGAAGAACUAAAUAUUCUAUUAGGCCGAAGCUGUCAGGAAUACUGGGAACAAAGACUUCAAUCAGAGAGGGUAGAGAGGAUUAAGCAAAUAAAGGAACACUGGGAUUCACAGUGUAGAGCUUUCAUGGGCGUCUAAGAAGAUCACCAGCUUUAUUAGUUUCUUUAGUAGAUCAUGAGCUUUCAUACACAUUUGUUUGAUUGUCAUUUUGUAUGUUAUAAUAAUUAAUCGUAGCGGUAGCGCAACUGCUUGUAAAAUAUCUAUAUGGUUGGAAUGUGAUAAACAAGAUUUGUUAUCUAUAACCUAUUCUGCCACCAAGUUUAAUUAA